AUGACGAAAGGCGGCAUAGCUAACGAUGUCUCGCAUCCCGCGAGCAACCAGGCCGAUAAAGCUCUUUCGGGUGCUUCCGGUGGCUUCAGCUGGUUUGGAGGACGCACAGAAAAGUAUGAGAGUGCCGCCGAUCUUUACACCCAGGCUGCGAACGCCUUUCGAUCACGGCCGCUGACGAACGGUGUUCACCCGCGAAUAGAUAAGGAAGCUGGCCAGGCCUUUGAGAAAGCAGCAAAAAUUCAGACGCAGAGCCUUAACGAGCCCGACGAUGCGGCCAAUACCCUCCAGGAAGCCUUCAAGGUCUACCGCAAGUCUGACCCAGAGGAUGCGGCCCGUGUUCUCUCCAGUGCGAUCCAGCACUAUGUUUUGCGCGGAAACUUGCGCCGCGCGGCGACUCAGCAGCAGUAUCUGGCCGAGGUUUACGAGGUUGAGCUGGGAGAUAUGAAGAAGGCGCUGGAUGCAUAUGAGAAGGCCGCGGAGUGGUUCGAGGGCGAUAAUGCAGAGGCUCUUGCAAACAAGCACUUCCUGAAGGUCGCAGAUUUGUCUGCGAUGAACGAGGACUACUACAAAGCCAUCAACAACUACGAGCGCAUUGCUCGCCAGUCCACAAACAACCAGCUGAUGAAGUGGUCGGUGAAAGAUUAUUUUUUGAAGGCCGGCAUCUGCCACCUUGCCACCAAGGAUCUGGUCGAAUCGAACCGCGCCCUCGAAUCAUACCGUGAAAUCGAUCCUACCUUCGCCUCAACCCGUGAGCACCAGCUGCUUGUGGAUCUACUCCAGGCCGUGGAGGCUGGUGAUCAGGAACAGUUCGCUGAUAAGCUGUUCCAGUUUGAUCAGCUCAGCAAGCUGGACAAGUGGAAGACUACUAUCUUGUUGCGAAUUAAGAACAGUAUCGAGGAGGCCGAGGAGGACUUUUCGUAG